CAACAGUCAAUACUUUAUUUUAGCAUUGGCUAAAUCUUACGUGGAAGCUGUGUGGGGCUCACACAAGGAUACAAUGAAUGACUUCCAAGAGGAUACUACUGGUGACAUUAUCACAACUGUUGAUUCACUGCAAGCAGUAGGAAAACGUUUCCAGGAAUGUAUAGACAAUGUUGGAGAACUUCUGGAAGAAAGGGAGAAUCUUAUGAAAGAAUUAAACUUCAUGAAGGAGCCAGUGCAUAAAGAGAUUGGUAACCUUAGGACUGAACUCUUGAAACUUUACCAAGCUAAAUCAAAGACAGAGAUUGAAUGUGAUAACUUCAAGGAAGAAAUAACAUGCACAAAAAGAAACUUGUUUAAGAUCACUAAAGCUCAAAUUACUUGUAAAUAUGAACUACACAUCAAUAAACAGGACUUGUCUCUAAUUACAUCACAACAGGAAGUAAUGGAAUCUGAGGCACAGAGACUUGCUGAUGAAUUGGCUGGACUUAAACAUUGCCAUCAGAAAGAAUUAAAUCAAAUGAUUAAUCGGUUGGAGAGUAUUAAAAAUGAAAGGAAUACGCUGUCCCUGACAAACAGUCAUCAAACAAAUGAAGAAUUUCAAAGUUUGUUUGGAGAACAUUGGCAAUGGCUGGAGAAACACUAUGAACCUAAAGUGAGAAAUCUCCUGAACUGGAGUAAGACCAGGGCUGAAUCACUUAAACACACACUGCAUGAAAUUGAAGGCUUCAGAAAACAGUUGCAACCUCUACAGGAGCAGGUAACAAAACUAAACAUAAGGAGACGAUGUCUUGAAGAGCAGAUGCAAUUUAUUCAGAGAAAAUGGGCUGAGGACAUUCUGCAAUAUCAGGAACAAAAAAGGCAACUGCAAGAAAAAGUCAGUCUCUUGAAAACUGAACUUGGUGUGCAGAAGCAAAAGAACAACAACAUUAAACACUUGAAAGAGAGUCUCUCUGAGGAAUUAUUUGUUUACAAGGAAUGUUUAACAGCAUUUGGAACUUCUACAGAAUCUUCAAACAAGUCGGAUUUGAAGAAUUCAAAAUUUCAAGAAAAUCCUCAAUACUAGUCACAUGCAUUUUUCCAAUUAAAUUGGUCAAGGUACUUGCGUAGACUUUAUGUUCAAGAGCAUCUCUUACUUAUAUGCAAAUGAGUUCUUAUAACGUCUUUAAGGUGAUACAACAUCCCUCAUGAUCUCAUUAAAUGGGAGAACAGAAUUCAGGCUGAAUGGCCUCCUCCUAGCCUAUUUUCUUUGCACUUCACAACUUUUUAAAACAGUGAGACUCAAGGGCGAUUGACAACAGGCAAUAAAUGCUGGCCAGCAGCGACAGCCACAUCUCAAGAGAAUUUUUUUUAAAACUCAGCCAGAAAAGGUAA